CAUAUUAACAGUGCCAUAAGGAUAACUUACCAAAACUCAAUGAAUUAAGUCCUUCUAAUUUAAUUUCCAAGAGAGGCUCACAUACUUCCAUCUCAUCUCAAACGAACCUUCAAAACUAAGGGCGAAGUUUCAUUCACAAUGGGUAAACGAAAGCGCAGUUCUAACAACCAGUCUUCACAAAAAAAGGCAAAAGUCGAUCAAUUACUCACAAAUGAUGCCGAAACGUCAAACCUCGAUCUGGAAAAGUCGCCAUUCACCGAAGCUUUGAACGGGGAAGCUCGAAGGCGGGAAGCGAAAGUCUACGAAUUACUCGGAAGUGCCGAUGGCGACGAGCGCAUCGCUGCUGCUGAUGCACUUGUUACUGGUCUUCUAGCUUCGUCAGAAGAAGCUUUACAGAGACAUCUCGAUAAUCGCCUCUUUCGUGGGCUUGCGAGUUCGCGGAAUGCAUCGCGUCUGGGGUUUAGUCUUGUUAUCGCUGAGAUCCUGAGUCAAUUGUUCGGAUCUAAGAAACCUGCUGAAUCGAAGUAUCCUGGAUUGACGUUCGAUAAGGUCCUGGAUAUUUUGGUGGAGAAGACUACGCCCAGUGGUCAUGUUCCUGGACAGGAGGAGAGAGAUUGCUAUUUUGGUCGCUUGUUUGGUCUGCAGUGCUUUGUGGAAGCUCGGAUCCUUUUCGAUGAGAAAUCGCGAUGGCCGAAGGUUUUGGACUUGCUAUUGGGGAUGGCUGAGAAGAAGGUGUGGAUGCGAUCGCACUGUGGAUGGGUGAUUGUGGAGUCGCUACCUCAGAUGGGACGGGAAAAAGCCGAGGAAACACUGCAGGGACUGUCAAACAUCGGACUUGGGAAGACUGCGGAGGGAAUUGGUAUUUGGAUGAGGGCGCGGAGUUGUUACCCCGAUUUGAAAACGCCUGCGAAGCCUUGGCAUGAUCCUAUGAACCCCGCUGUUCUUUCUGAAGUCGCACGAGUGCUGAAGGAUAAUGUGGCGCAAGAUAAUGGGGAGGAUGCGGCAGUCACAAAAACUAAGCAAGCUGGCUGGACUGCUCAAUUACACUUCGUAUGGGACUUGAUACUUGCAGUAUUGAUUGGGAAAGGGGAAAACGGGAAACAGAAUGCGGAUCAAUUAAAGCUGUUCUGGACUACUGUGAUUGAUGAUGGACUGUUCUCCAAAAACGCCUCUGAUGCACAGAAGUUCAGGGGAUUCGUCAUCUUCCAGAAGUUUCUUCAAGGCUUUGCGGCGGAAAAUCCGAAGCUGGUUAAGGAGCUUUUUACUCGUAAUUUGAUGAAAUGCCUUAUGAACCAGGCCGCAAAGGAGGAUCGGUAUCUUCAUCGGGCUGCGCUGAAAAGCCUUCAGUCGAUGGAGAAGGCCGUACAGACUUCACCUGAGUUACUGUUCCUAGUACUAAAAGAAUUCCUUGGGAAACAAGGUGCUUACGACUUUGAUCAACGGACGAACACUAAGACGAUUGAGAAUUUGCUGCAAUGGGCUACUUCGGACAAUGCGAAGAGUGUCUUGAAACUACUUCGAGAUCCUAUCGUUACCGCUAAUGAGACGGCUGGCGAGCUUGAGAAGUUCAGGCAAAUUUAUGCCACUUACGUAUCCAAAUUGGCCAUCCAGGCAAAAUCGGUUCCCGAAACCUCCGGUGAUGGCGAUGAUACUACGAACGUCGCGGAACUCGGCGUUAAGGAAUUGGCAGCUUGCGCGUAUUCAAUUCAGCCACAAUUCAAGCCGGAUCUGUCCGAAAAAUCAAGGGAGGUCUUCCGAAGACUACUUGCGUCCACGAUUGGAAAGGUUAUGAGGCGACGGGAUGACGCUGAAUACCUGUGCAAUGCAGUCAUUUCGGUUGAGCCUACGGCAGUGACCAUGAGCGACGAAAUCAAAGCCGAGCGAGAUAGUGCACUGAAAGUUAUGCGAAAACUCCUAAAAACAAGUAAGAAAUCAGACAGCAAGAACAGUGGAGCAUCGGCUGGUCUUGCGCUUCUGUAUGCGAUCACGAUAUUACAACUUUAUGAUGGUGUCCCGGACGCCAUUAGUAUUCUUCAGGACCUGGAGCGAUGCUCCGAGAUGAUGAAGACUAAAGGUGGUGGGAGCUCGGAGCUUUUGGUGGAAAUUUUGCUUGCAUUGGUCUCUAGGCAAUCACCUAUGAUGCGCCAGAUUAGCGAGCAAGUUUUCGAGGCGUUUACUUCCCAAAUAUCACCCGAAGCUCUGCAGCUACUCACGGAGCCACUUGCUGCAGAGGAGAAUGAGAAGGGGUACCAAGCGCUGUUUGAGAACCUCGAGGAUGAAGAUGUGGAGAUGGAUGAUGCCGAAGAUUCUGAUUCCGAGGAUGAGGAUGAAGACGAGGCGGAGGACGUCGAGGAAGAUGAAAUCUCGGAGAUUGGCUCGGAUGUCGAGUUCGUUACUCUGAAUGGUGCGGAUGCGACCGGCGAUGGUGAAGAUGAAGAUGAAGACGAUGACGAGGAUGAAGAGGAAGGGAGCGAGGACGAGAAGCAGGCAGAAGCUGACGCUAAAGAGCUUGCGGACCUAGACGACGCUCUAGCGAAAGUCCUGAAGAGCCAUCGCUUGGACAAGGAUAAAGACGCUGACUCAUCGGAUAACGACUCGGACAUGACAGACUCCGAAAUGAUGGCAUUAGACGACAAGCUCGUCGAAGUCUUCAAGCAGAGGGCAAAGAAUACAGGCAAGAAAAAGGAGAAGAAGGAUGCCAAGGAAUCGGUCGUAAUGUUCAAACACCGCAUUCUGGAUUUCCUUGCUCUUUACGCCAAGCACGAGGCUGCUAAUGCGCUGGCUUUCGAAUUACUGCUGCCUCUGUUGGAGGUCGUACGAACUACCACGGCUAAGCCACUCGCUAAUAAGGCUGCCUUAGCGAUCGAGAAUUUCUCGAAAGCUUUCAAGAAAGCUCGGACUAGCGCGGAUGUGAAAUCGGAUGCCAAGCAGAUCGAUUCUGCGGCACAGUUCGAACUCUUAGAGAAAAUACAUCGGGAGACCGCGAAGGAUAUAUCACACGCCUACGGACGUGCGGCAUCAACGGCUAGCCUGCUUGUUGCGUCAAGUUUAUUGGCGGUGAAUCGAGAUCGGGAGAAUGUUGAUGGUGUUAAUGCUUUAUACGCCCAAACAUUUAGCAAAUGCCAGAAGGGUGAAGUUAAAGUGCAAGGAUUCUUCUUCUCUGACUGGAUAAACUGGGGGAUGGGGCAUGCGGCCAAUGCACAUGGUUCGGUACCGGUAUAGGCUCUUUCCUGCGUGCUUCCCGGCCUAUGUGCUUCUCGGGUUGUGGUGUAGUCAUGGCCGAAGAAGAGGAAGUAUGGGAAUAUCGAGGCGACGAGAAUGAUAGGUAGUUGGGGAACGGAAUAGCUCACGAAGACCCUCAUUGGUGGUAGCAAACUAUACUUACGUACACAUGCCUUAGUGAACGUGCGUACGACACUGCAUGUGAUGUAUGGGCAUAAUUACCUAGGUAGGUGUGUAUCUAUAUAGGUAAUUGAUGACACCAAGUUAUCCGUGGCUACUAAUAUAUUGGUGUUUAGAAUUGAUAGGGGAUUGCUAAACCCUGUAUGUAUGUUUACGCUUUAGCUCCUAUGGAUUGGUCCGAUCUCAAGAUCGUAGAUGUCUGGGUAGCUAUGCAUAUGUAUAAUCUUUAAG